AGAAAAAAACUCAGCUCUGUAGCGAAGGAGCUAACGGCGGAGCUAAAUGUGAAAUAAAACUCUUCGCCAAACCCCAGCAGAGACAUAAAAACACGGAUCACACGGACCGAAAAUGAGCUAACGGGACGCCGUUCGGUGAUGCUCACAGGUUCUUCAGGUGUGACCAAUCACAGCAGGAUGCCCAUCCCACCCCCUCCUCCUCCCCCCGGGGGCCCGCCUCCUCCCCCCACCUUCAGCCAGGCCAACACCACCCCUCCCAAGCUGAGCAGAGAGGAGGUCAAAGGUCGCGGCGCCCUCCUGUCUGACAUCUGUAAAGGCACCAAGCUGAGGAAGGUGGCGGUGGUGAACGACCGCAGCGCUCCGCUGCUCGACAGUAAGACUCAAACCCCCCAGAGCCAGACACCCACAGAGCACCCAUACAUUCGCUUAUACCAAUACCUACACCAGCAGCAGCAGCAGAGCCAGGCCAAACAGCAGGGGGCGCCGACUGACCAGCCGACCACCGCCGACAGGGGCUCUGCUCUGGCUCUGGACAAGCCCAAAGGAGGCGGGACAGCAACAGGAGGAGCCAAUGGCAGCGGAGCAUCCAGUCCAUCAGGAUCUGCUCCACCAAUGGGAAGUCUGUUCACAGGGGGCGUUCCCAAACUCCGUCCAGUGGGAGACGGGUCGUCCGGACGCUCCCCCUCCACUCGCGCCGCAGCACCCCGCCCACCCAGCCAUCGCCACGAUGACACUGAGAGCCCCUCCCCUCAGGCCUCGUCGCCCAUGGAGACGUGUCGCUCCCAGCGCCCCUCCCUCCCCAACCUGAGCUCCUCCCCUUCCUCCCCUUCCUCUGCCCCCCCUCCACCACUCAGUCGCCGUGGAAACGCCCCCUCUCCCCCCUCCUCAUCCUCCUCCUCUUACAACAGAGAGAAACCCCUCCCCCCAACUCCCAACAACACUCCUCCCCUACCCUCCAAACCCCCCCCAUCGCCUAGCAACAACAGACGCCCCCCCACCUCCGGAGGAAACCCCACCUCCUCCUCCCUGGCCCCGCCCCCUCCACCUUAUCGUGUUGCUAACGGUCCAGCUGCCAGCAGCGACACGGCGCCAGAGCUGCCGCAGCGACACAACUCCCUGAGUAACAAGAGGACCGCCCCUUCACCUGGAGGCCACACCCCCACCAGAGGCCCUGCCCCACCGCCUCCUCCUGCCUCCCCCACCCCCUCCCAACAGGCAAACAGGCCGCCGCCCCCCAUCAGAGAGCCGCCAGGUAGAGGAGCAGCUCCUCCAGUUCCCAUCCAAUCUUCGUCGUCCUCAUCUCGGUCUGGCGGCAGAGAGGCCCCGCCCCCCCCUCCUUACAGGACACACGGUAGCCCCUCGCUGACCUCUGACCCUCCAUCCAGAGGGAAGCCUCCGCCCCCUCCCUCCCGAACCCCUGCUGCCCCUCCCCCUCCACCCCCCCCCAUCCGAAACGGGCAUUCGUCCUCCCUCCCCCGCUCCUUUGUCGAUGAUUUUGAGUCCAAAUAUUCGUUCCAUCCUCUGGACGAUUUCCCUCCUCCAGACGAGUACCGGCACUUCACCAAGAUCUACCCCAGCAAGGCCAACAGAGUGAUGCGCGGAGCUCCGCCCCUUCCUCCCGUCGGCAGGUGAACCUUAAAUCCAUCGCGACCAUCACAUCGCCUCCGUCCAUCUGAUGAUCUGCAGCUUCAGCAUCCUCACCUCCUCAUCUCCACCUCAUCUCCGCCUCCUGGCAGACGGACCGACUAAUAGACCAAUAAGAACGUGAAGGAGGAGCCAGAGUUUAAAGCCAUGUGAUGAAAACUCAGACUCUGAUUGGUCUGCAGCUUCUUCCCGCCGUGGUUUUUAUUUCUGCACUUUUUGCACUUUUAUUUCGAAGAAACAUUGUUCCCUGGCGGUGGGCGGAGCCUGAAGGAAAGCAGAAGAAGAAUGUGGGUGGAGCUGCUCCAAACUCUUCCUCAGUGUUUUGUUUUUUUUAAUUUCCUGUGUUGAACAUUUAAAGGAGCAGUUCAGUAUUUUGUGGGCGUGUCUGUUCUGUUUCCAUGCCGACGUUCUGGUUCAAUGAAAUGAAACAGAAUGUUGUAAAAACACCUUAAAGUCGUACAUGAACCCAGGGACACUUCCUGUUGGUCCUUUCACAAUAAAAGACAGUUCUGACCCGUUAACAGCAACAAACAUUAAUUUACAACAAAUCAACAGAUGAAACAGAAAUAAAAACCAUCUGUGGUUUCAUCAAAUUCACUUCAUUUACAAAUAAAUUAGAACAAGAACCCAGAAAAGUCCAGAAACAUUCAAUUCAGGCGGAUCUGUUCAUGUGGUUCUGACGUUUACGCCCGCAGCCACGGCUCACAUGAACGUCACAGGUGGACUCCAGGUCCACCAACAGAGGUCACCUGACCUGAGAUCAGCUGAUCAUCAAAGAGGGAGGACGGACUUGAGCAGAAUCUGGGGAGACGUUAAAGUGCCAAGAUAGAGACACUCAAACUGGACCACCUGGGCCCACCUGGACUCACCUGGACUCACCUGGACCCCCCUGGGCCCACUUGGACUCACCUGAACCACCUGGGCUCACCUGGACUCACCUGGGCCCACUUGGAUUCACCUGAACCACCUGGGCCCACUUGGACUCACGUGAACCACCUGGGCCCACCUGGACUCACCUGGACCCCCCUGGGCCCACCUGGACUCACCUGGACCCCCCUGGGCCCACUUGGACUCACCUGAACCACCUGGGCCCACUUGGACUCACCUGAACCACCUGGGCUCACCUGGGCCCACUUGGAUUCACCUGGACUACCUGGACCCUCUGGGCCCACUUGGAUUCACCUGAACCACCUGGACUACCUGGGCCCACUUGGAAUCACCUGAACCACCUAGGCCCACCUGGACUCACCUGAACCACCUAGGCCCACCUGGACUCACCUGGACCCCCCUGGGCCCACUUGGACUCACCUGAACCACCUGGGCCCACUUGGAUUCACCUGGACCCUCUGGGCCCACUUGGAUUCACCUGAACCACCUGGACUACCUGGACCCCCCUGGGCCCACUUGGAAUCACCUGAACCACCUAGGCCCACCUGGACUCACCUGAACCCCCUGGACCCCCUGGGCCCACUUGGACUCACCUGAACCCCCUGGACCCACUCGUCAUAUUCAGUCCAGGACCCAUUGUGGUUUUACUGGUUCCAUGUGGACCGUCUCAGGGCCUUGGUCCAGAUCUAGAUGUUUCCUCCAUUCGUCAGAACUCUGGUCCAAUAGAGGCUUUGAUUGACAUGUGUGAUUGACAGCUCCACUGUGGGUGUGGUCAACAGGUUCCACCCAAACAUUUCACUGACUCACUAAUUAGUAUUAGCAUUAGCAUUAGCUCGUCUCCUCCUGGUCUUAAACCGGUGCCAUGGAUUUGAUCCGGAUCCUCCUGGUUUGGGUCUAUCCAGGUCCGGAUCCGGGUCCUGGUGGAUCCGGGUCCUGGUGGAUCUGGGUCCUGGUGGAUCCGGGUCCUGUUUUCCUGCUUCUAUUUAGUUUGUGGUUAACGUCUUGAACGUCUUUGCCUUAUAAACAUGAAUAAGCAUUAAUGAACAUUAAUGAACAUUUGUUGUCAAUAAAUAAAUAAACGUUUGUUCAGAAACAGGACGAAGAAUCCAAACCUGUUCAGUGUUUAGUCCUGAUCCUGUAGAUCCAUGUCAACCUGGAUCUGGUCUGAUGUGGAUCCACUUGAACCUGGACCCGGUCUGAUGUGGGUCCAGUUGAACUUGGACCCGGUCUGAUGUGGGUCCAGUUGAACUUGGACCCGGCCUGAUGUGGGUCCAGUUGAACCUGGACCCGGCCUGAUGUGGGUCCAGUUGAACCUGGACCCGGCCUGAUGUGGGUCCAGUUGAACCGCAUGCUCUUCAACUGUAACUAAACUUCAAUAAAAGUUCUGUUCA